AUGACUCGACUGCCGCCUGUCGACACGAGUGUUCAUCGACAUAUGCACGUGAGCCCUGCGCCCUCGCUCGAUAUCUCGGGCACUCAAUUUAUACCCAAGAGAAGGAACACAGAAGCGAAAGCGUACUCGGGCCGACCUACGUUCCAACGCAGUUUCUCAAAACCCACCCAGUUACUUUUACAGUCGACCGAGAACUAUUCUCUGCUCCAUGGCAUCCUCGCCGACGACGAGUCACGGCGCAUAUUCUACUUUAUGAUCCUGAAUUUGUGUUUUAUGGUGGUUCAAUCGACAUACGGCGUCUUGACAGGAUCUCUCGGCUUGAUCAGUGACAGUAUCCACAUGUUUUUCGACUGUGUGGCCUUGUUGGUCGGUGUCUGCGCGGCAGUCAUGAGCAAAUGGCCUCCUAGCCUCAAGUUCCCCUAUGGCUACGGCAAGAUCGACACUCUGGCAGGACUGGGCAAUGGCAUUUUCCUAAUGCUCAUCAGCAUUGAGAUUGUCUAUGAAGCAAUCGAGCGGCUCUUUUCCGGCGCAGACGUCAGUCGCACGGCCGAACUCCUGGUGGUCAGCACCGUCGGCUUACUCGUUAAUCUGGUUGGGAUUUUCGCUUUUCACGGGGCACACGGUCAUGCACACGGCCAUGACGACCACGGACACUCUCACGCGGGUCACGACCACGAUCAUGAUCACGCACAUUCACACAGCCACCACAUCGAGGCGGAGACGCCGUUGACCGCCUCCGCCUCGCCAGUCAAAGGCAAGAAAGCAGCCAGCGGCCAUCACCACGGAGGAGAAAACAUGCAAGGCAUCUACCUGCACAUCAUGGCCGACGCUCUCGGGUCGCUCGCCGUGGUCGGCUCGACCAUCCUAGUGCGCCUGACCGGCUGGAGCGGAUUCGAUCCUCUGGCGUCAUGCAUCAUUGCAGUGCUCAUCUUCGCCUCCACGAUCCCUUUGGUGACCUCGACCACCAAGAUUCUUUUGCUGUCUCUGAACUCCGACAUCGAGUACAACCUGCGCGGCAUCCUCGGCGGCGUGGCCGAGAUCCGCGGCGUCGCCGGCUACAGAGUGCCCAAGUUCUGGUUGGAGGACAUCAAGAAAGAACCGGGUCACCAUCAUGGUCACGACCACGACCACGACCACGACCACGACCACGGUCAUGCCCACGGGCAUGCCCACAAGGACAGUGAUGGCCAAGCCUGCAGCGGCGGCAGCGGCGGUGGCGGAGUCGAUGACCCGACUGUCCUGGGCGUCAUCCACAUCAUUGCCGCGCAGACAGCCGAUCUGGAGGAUGUCAGGCAGAAAGUGGACAUGUACUUGCGCUCGCGGAAGAUGGAUGUGGUGAUCCAGAUGGAGCGAGAAGGCGAGAAUCGAUGUUGGUGCGGUGCUGGGCAGAAGACAUGA